GUAUUUUGACAAUACAGGAAGUAAAAGAAAUAACCGUCGCGCGUGUCGUCGGCAUGUUAUUAUAAAUUUAAUACUUUCAUCCCAUCGUCUGCUUCUGAAUUUACAAACAGAGAAACUGAUUAUCCUAUUAAGAUACGAACCAUUUUGUUUACUAGCGUCCCUGCUGGCGAGUUGCGUGGAAAUGUGCACCCAAACGAAAGCAGCCGCCCGUAUGGUAAACAUCCCUCAGGCAGACAUCGACCCCUCCGGCGUGUUCAAGUACAUUCUCAUCAGAGUACACAGCAGGGAGCAGGGAGACGAUACAGAGGUCGAUAUAGUCCGAGGAUACGGUUGGGCGGAGUACCAUGUGGAUAUCUAUGAGAAGGUUUCAAUGGAGCUUGAAAAUGAUGGACUCCUGGACUGUGAGUGUGUAGGAGGGGGCAGGAUCAGACAUGAUGCCCAGGCCAAGAAGAUACACGUUUACGGCUACUCUGUGGGCUUUGGAAGAGCAAACCACGCAGUGACCACUGAGAAACUGAAGGCCAGAUAUCCUGACUAUGAGGUGACAUGGGACAAUGAAGGGUACUAAAAUAAACUGGAACAAAACUGAGUUUUAAUUUAGCAAUACAGUCAUAAACCAUUUAACACUGGCUUUUUUAAUACCGCGUAUGUAUUACCAUAUUGUUAUACAUAUUAUGGAAACCUGACACGUAUUUGGCUCUCUGGACUGACUGCCCGACUAUCAAGUGUGAACUUACACAACAAUGUUAGCUGCUAAUGUCAGAAAAUGUGUCUUUCAGCAAGGCAUUCUGAUUUUGUUUGAUGUACAAUGUACCAAUUUAUCAUCAUCAUAAAGACAAUGAAAAUGACUACAUUUGCGUGUAUACGUGUUUACUUAGGUUUUGUCAUUUGAGGUUUGUUCACUUCCUGUGUAAAGAAAUGAAAGCAAAGUGUUCGAAUUUAUUCUUCGAUAUUUUUUCGGCCACUAGGCGUCAGUAUUAUUCGGUGAGGCACACAAGUAUCAGACUGUCGUUGGAACAACAGGUUUCAAUUAUCUGACAUUAAGCUCAACAAUAAUACCAAAAUGAUCAUAAUAAUAAUAAUAAUACAGACUACAGAAACAGGGGGCAUAAUUCACUCGGACCCCUAAUGUCAUUUCCUGUCCACACGUGUGGAUAACAUGUAUUGCAACACACAUGAGCAAGUCUUGUUUAUGUCAAAAAUGGCUUAUUUGCUGUGGUUAUGAUUACUAAAAAAGACUACUGGUGUUGACUAUAGGAUGUUAGUGCAUGUCUACAGGGGUCUAAAAAAUUUGUAGGUCAUAAACAGGUUUUCUAUGAUGUAUGAGCCAAAAUAUUUGCAUAACUUCAUGAUAAGUCACUAGAUCUGGAACUAAAUGAUGCUCCUUGAUGUAGAUGUUUGCCACCAACCAUGUUUUUGUGUUGGUUAACAAUGAGUAAAAGCGGUUCUUGCAAA